UAUCAUCCUUAGCUUUCAGUCCUUUGUCAGGUAUACAAAAUUCAAAAACUUUAGAAAAACCUUAUAAAAAAUGUUUCGAUUUUUAUCCGAGCUGAUCUUUAAAACCUCCGAAAUCGAGUCCAAUCUUUUUGGCAUGGCCGAUGAUGUAUACAACACAAUCGAGAUCUUCGAGGAGGCAGCCAGAUUCGAGACCAAGAUCGCCAGACCUUAUAAAAUGAUCUCGAGCUUUCUCGACUGUUUGGUCUUCAUGGUGGUGGCUCUAAUGCUGGUGGGUUUCAUCAUGCACGAUCGCAUUGUGGUGUUCAGAAACUUGGCUAGAAUCGGUACACGAAAAAGCCAGAGAGCUGCAGUGAGGACAAAUAGGAGUAGGCAGCCAAGAAGAUCCUUGGAUUCUUUGCUCCCAGAAAAUGAUAAUGAAAAUGUUGAGAAACCCGCCGAAGAGGACGAUAACAGCGUAGGAAAUUGCGGAAAUGAAACAGAUGGCGAGGACAAUGCCACUCUUCGACCUCAGGACCAUAAGCAUUAUGCCAUGAUUGGAACGCCUAAGUGGGCCUUGAACUGGCUGACCACCUUAAGAAACAAAAGCUUCGGAUCGUUUUACGAUGGCUUGUUCCGGUAGACUAAAAAAACACGUCACACUUUUUAAAUCUGUCCAGUAAUUUUCUCAUGCGGACCUUUAAGGUUUUGCGGUUAGCCACUUAAAUUGUUUAUUGGGCGGAUCCAAAAACCACAAAUCGCCUUAUUAUAACAGCUAUUUAUAUGAACAUCCAAUAAGUACGUGUACAUGACUCACUCAACGACGAAUGCAUUUCACUUAUUUAGCGAUGAAGAAAAUCUACUUAGACCUUUGAAAUUUUCAGUUGACAAGUGUAACUUAAACAGAUUUUCUGGACAACAGUUUAUAUAUUAAACUAAUACGGCAAGGCCCUUUUUUUUU